ACGUUCGGUCACGUUAUCAUAAAAAAGAAGUUACUAGAUUGUGUUUACUAAAGACAUCCGGUAUUCAUGCACUCUUGAGCUCUUGAGACUUUUGAACAAUUUGAAUGUUCCGAUGGCAGAGAGUAGAUGUGACUGAGGUACACGGAUUGCGUAAACAUUAUUACGAACUAAAUCGUUGAGCUUAGUCUUGCUUGAUAAGCAGCCAGUUCGCAGACACUACAAAUUGUUUUUCCAGGGUCACAGUGCGGAACGGCUUCAGGGCUGCCUUUAUGCAACACAAAGUUGAGGCAGUGGUGACUCGAUCAGCCAUGAUCAGAACCAUAACACUGAUUGCUGCAUUACUCUGCACUUCUAUAUACAGUGAAACAGCUAUACAUAGCCUUGACUCUUCCUCAACAGACAGUGCAUGGACUGUCAGAAAUGCAAAUGGAAGUAUUGAAGUACCAGCUGUAGUUCCUGGUGGCAUCUACACAGACUUGAGGGCAGCAGGUGUACUGACGCAAGACAUCUACUAUCGCUUCAAUGAUAUUAAUUAUCGAUGGGUCAGCAGGGAAAAUUGGACAUACAGUCGAAAUUUUAUAGUGGAAGAAGAGUUUAUACAAAUGGAUCAGAUAUUCCUGGUCUUUCAUGGUGUUGAUACAGUUGCAUCAGUCUAUCUCAAUGAUAAGCAUAUUGGCAACACUGACAAUAUGUUUGUUCGGUAUUCAUUUCCUGUUAAGUCAGUCGUCCAAAGAGGGGAGAACAGACUUGAGGUGAGGUUUGAAUCAUCAAUAACUGCAGCUGAGCAGCAAUAUCAGAAACAAGCCUUGACUUAUCCAGUGCUACCCACAUGUGUUCCUGAUGAAUAUCGUGGGGAAUGUCAUGUAAACCAUCUCCGAAAGAUGCAGGCAUCAUUUUCAUGGGACUGGGGACCUGCUUUUCCUUCUGCUGGUCUAUGGAAGAAAGUUGUACUGUAUGCAUUUGUUAGUGAUGUUGCUAUACUCCAGGAAGUGACAGCAAGUGCAAAGCUAAUAGAUAACACUUGGCUCUUACAAAUAGGAAUAUUUCUUGAGGCUGGAAAGGACAUCCUUCAGAUAAGCGGUAAAUUUGAAGCCAUUUUGGAACUUGAUGUGAUUCCAGUAACUGAGGAGGCAGUACUCUUACCAAAUGAACCUGGGCAAUUCAACACAACUCUCUACAUGCAGAUUCCAAAGGAUAAGGUUGAACUGUGGUGGCCCAAUGAACUUGGUUCUCAGAAGCUUUAUAACUUAUCUGUUAGAGUGAAAGACAAUAAUGAUUACAUAUAUGGACAGAUGUCAUUAAAAAUUGGUUUCAGAACUAUUGAACUAGUACAGGAGCCAGUGGAAUCAGGAGAAGGUCUCACAUUUUACAUUAAAAUAAAUAAUGUACCAAUAUUUUCUAAGGGUUCCAACUGGAUUCCAUCCCAUGUUCUACCAGAAAAGUCAGCGGAUCCGGACAUCAUUUAUACGCUGUUGUCAUCAGCCAAAGCAGCUCACAUGAAUAUGCUACGAGUGUGGGGGGGAGGCAUGUAUGAGUCAGAUCUUUUCUACCAGUUGGCAGAUGAGUUGGGCAUCUUAAUAUGGCAAGAUUUCAUGUUUGCCUGCAGCCUAUACCCCACAAAUUCUGAAUUCCUCCAAUCUGUUAAAAAAGAAGUGACACAGCAAGUGCGUCGGCUUCACCAUCACCCAAGUGUUGUAAUAUGGGCAGGUAACAAUGAGAAUGAAGCUGCUCUAAGAGAUAAUUGGUAUGGCUCAAGCAGCAGAUUUGACCUCUACAAAGCAGAUUAUAUUAAAUUGUAUGUGGAUACUAUUCGACCUGUGGUGCUGGCUGAAGAUAGUACUCGUCCCUACAUUGUGUCCAGUCCAACCAAUGGGAUUGAAUCUGAGAGGGAGGGCUACAUAGCUGAAAAUCCAUACAGCUCUCUAUAUGGAGAUGUGCAUUAUUACAACUACAUAGCUGAUGCAUGGAAUCCUAAUAAUUAUCCAAAUACUCGCUUUGCAUCAGAGUAUGGGUUUCAGUCAUUCCCAUCACUAAAAUCUCUGUCUGAAGUUUCCAUACCGUCUGACCUGAUUAUGCAGUCUGCAUUCAUUGAUCACCGCCAACACCAUCCUGGUGGAAAUUCUGAAUUAAGACUUGAGAUACUACAGCAUCUGCAACUUAGAAACUAUGAAACUCCAGAAGAAGAAUUUCCAACUUUCAUUUAUUUUGCUCAGAUAAACCAAGCUAUGUCCAUCAAGACAGCAACAGAGUUCUACCGCCGAGGACGGAGCCUGCUUACGUCAGAUGGCCAAGGGGUAACUAUGGGUGCUUUAUACUGGCAGCUGAAUGACAUCUGGCAGGGAGCAUCUUGGUCUUCUUUAGAAUUUGGGGGAAAGUGGAAGAUGCUACACUAUUUUGCACGCAAUUUCUUUGCACCAGCUCUUGUAUCACCUUCUGUAACAACUGAUGGGGACUUACAAAUUCAUCUUAUAUCAGACUACUUGGAAGAUAAGGAAACAAUGCUGCGAGUAUCAGUAUAUAGGUGGAACAGUCUUGACCCUGUACAUCAGAGAUCCAGCGCCCACACAUUACACAACGCAUCAGUCACUAAAGUGUUCAGUGGGAACCUUCAGACCUACCUGAAUAAUGCUGGAUGUGAGCAGAAUGCUGUAAAGAGUUGUUUUCUGCAUUUUUCACUGUUUUCAGAAAAUGGAGACAAUAUAAGUCCAGAUAAUUUUCUGUUCCCAGGAUCUCUCAAAGAACUGACUGACUUUGAAGCUGCAACUAUUACUAUAAAAUCUGUUACACCUGGGAGAGAAGCCAACACUUUUGAGAUUACAAUAGAAACUAAUAGAGUCGCUCUGUUUGUUUGGUUAGAAGCAAGUGAUAUUCCUGGAGAGUUUUCAGACAAUGGUUUCUUACUGAUUACUCAAACUUGGAAGGUUGAAUUCAAUGCAAAGGAGGAGGUGACAAGUGAGCAGCUGAAGGGUAACAUUACCAUUAUAUCUCUUGCAGAUACAUACUGAACAGUGAAUAACAACAUUAAUUUAAAUUAUGAUUUAUGAACAUAUUAAGUUGAGCAGCUUCAAGUUUUGUGAAACAUGUAUCUGUAGAAUUUAGAGAUGUUAAAUAAAUGCUCCUAUUUACAGUUAAAGGUUAAGAAUAAAUGAUUCUUUGGGGAAGAAAAACAAAAUAGGACACCAAUGAAAUAAGAAAUAGUAAACUUGCACCUUGAUAUGAUGGUACAAGCUCCAAGAUCAGUUUGAUAAUCCUGCAAGCUGUAUAAAAUAAAAAUCAUUGCGACAGUGACAAUAACAACCAACAAGGGAAACUAUUAAACUUAAUUCUGGCUAUUGACCAUAUUAUGUUCAUAUGUUUUCUGCAGUUCCAAUGUCUACAAUUCAGCAGAGGUGAAAGCACUGAUAAACAUGGAAAAGAACUGUACCCAGGUCCAGCCAUGAAGUGAACCCAGGAUUCCUUGAAUGAGAAUCCAUUGGUCUGAGACCACAUACCAUCACAUAAUUAAGAACAAAAUUAAUUGCCUAACAUGAUAAGUAAGUUACAAUCAACUUGAGAUAGAAACAAAAUCAAUAUGCAUCUACUAAAAUAAUUCGGCAAAGUUACUCAUCUCAGUAAAUAAAGUUAUAAAAUACAGCUUUUCUAGUUAUUCUGCUUUUUCACACAUUUAUAAACAUGACACUAAUAUGAAGACUAUAAACCUUCCCAGGUAUAGAGAACUAUUUUAUGUUAAAGAAAAUAUAUCUUCAACAUA